UAAUCCGCAGAAAACCGUACCAGAUAAUCAAUGGAAAACUGUUGGAAAACGCAGAAAGCCCAAGCCAGGGCCAGCGUCAGGUGAAACCUUGGUCAAUAAGGGCGAGGCGACCAGCCGCAAAAAAAAAGAAGAGGGUGAGAAAAAAGAAGAGUCUUGCCAAACUAAUCAUUAAGCCAGCUGAGGGAAAAACCUAUGAAGAGGUGCUGGGAACGAUACGUGGUAAGCUUCAACCUGAGAAGACGGAGACCGUAAUUCGAUCUGUUCGGAAAACCCGCGAAGGUGGCGUGUUUAUCGAAAUGGAGCGCUGUGGCGACCACUCAGCAUUUAAGGAAAAUGUGUGCAUUGCCAUUGGCCAGCUUGGAGACGCCCGUAUUCUCACUAGACGUUUACGUCUAGAAGUUCUGGGCAUGGACUGCCUAACCACGGCCCCAGAAGUGGAGAACGCUAUACGCGGGGAGUUAGGAGACAAGAUGAAUGGCCAACUUCGCGUCUCUCUCCUCGCUGUAAACUCGCGAGAACAAAUAAUGGCCGUGGUGGAAAUCGACGAAAUGCCAGGCCGGACUCUUAUUGAAAACGGGAAGUUGCGAGUACGUUGGAUUAUCUGCCGUGUCCGAGAGAGCGCGCUGAUGUCCAAAGGUGUUUCCGUUGUCUGGAAAAUGGCCACAAAAAGGCGGCAUGCAAAGGCCCAGAAGAAGCCUCUGCAUGUAAAGAAAGCGCAAGGUGCUCGGCAAGAGAUGGACAGAAAAAUGCCAAUCACAUGCCCGGGUCGGGAACGUGCAAGGCCUUCAGGGAUGCUGAGGCUAAGACAAAGCUUGGGGUAAUAUGAUUAAAUUUAUACAAGGCAAUAUGAA